UCCGGCGUGCGGUGAUGACGACAUCUGGCCGGCGGCGGCGGCGGCGGUGGAGGCUGGGAGACCGGGAGGGCUUCCGGGGUUGCCGGCCGGGCUGCUGAGAGCCGCUGUCAUGGCUGCCGCUCUGUGGGGCUGUUUCUCCGUCCUGCUGCUGCUCCUAUCAGGGGAUGCGCAGAGCUCGGAGAUGCCCGGGGCUGCUGCCGAGGGAUCUGGAGGGAGUGGGGUCGGCAUAGGAGAUCGCUUCAAGAUUGAGGGGCGUGCAGUUGUCCCAGGGGUGAAGCCCCAGGACUGGAUCUCCGCGGCCCGAGUGCUAGUAGACGGAGAAGAGCACGUCGGCUUCCUUAAGACAGAUGGGAGUUUUGUAGUUCACGAUAUACCUUCUGGAUCUUAUGUAGUAGAAGUUAUAUCUCCAGCUUACAGGUUUGAUCCUGUCCGAGUGGAUAUCACUUCAAAAGGAAAAAUGAGAGCAAGAUAUGUGAAUUACAUCAAAACAUCAGAAGUGGUCAGACUGCCCUAUCCUCUCCAAAUGAAAUCUUCAGGUCCACCUUCUUACUUUAUUAAAAGGGAAUCAUGGGGCUGGACAGACUUUUUGAUGAACCCAAUGGUUAUGAUGAUGGUUCUUCCAUUACUGAUAUUUGUGCUUCUGCCCAAAGUGGUCAAUACAAGUGAUCCUGACAUGAGACGGGAGAUGGAGCAAUCAAUGAAUAUGCUGAAUUCCAACCAUGAAUUGCCUGAUGUUUCUGAGUUCAUGACAAGACUCUUCUCUUCAAAAUCAUCUGGCAAAUCUAGCAGCGGCAGCAGUAAAACAGGCAAAAGCGGGGCUGGCAAAAGGAGGUAGUCAGAUGGUCCAGAGCUGGCAUUUGCACAAAGAUGGCAACACUGGGUGGCAUCCAAUUCUUGAGGAAAAACCAUGUGAAGCAACUACUGUAAACUUGAGUCAUCCUGAAAGUUGAUCUCUUACAACUCUUGUAUAUGUUAACUUUUUAGCACAUGUUUUGUACUUGGCAAACAAGAAGACCCAGCUUUCAUCUUUUGUCUGUAUGAGGUCAAUAUUGAUGUCACUGAAUUAAUUACAGUGUCCUAUAGAAAAUGACAUUAAUAAAUUAUAUUAAGUACUAUACAUUAUAUUAAAAUAAGUCUUAAUCCAGA